AUGGUUAACAAUCGUCAGUCAAUUGCCCCGGCUCCAUCCCCGGAAUAUACUGAGCUUUUAAGAAGGCUCACUGCUAUAGAGGAAAGUCUCAAGACCAUGGAUUCAAACAUUGGCAUUGUCAUCAAGGGGAACAAAGAUUCAUUGGAAAUACUUGAUAGUGUUGCUGAUGCCUCUGGAGAACUUCUUGCAGUUAUUGCUCCUACCACUAUAUCUGCUUCUGCUUCUGUCCCUUUCGCAGCUUCUUCCAUUAGUUCUACUCUGGAUUGGUAUACAACACCUUCUGAGGCUUUUUUUGAUAUCUUUUCUGCUGCUCCUUCUGUUGCUCCUUCUGUUGCUCCUUCUGUUGGUGCAGUGGUUCUUACUGGUGCAAACGCUGGUGAACUUAGUAAACAGGAUCGCACUAGAGUUUUAGCUCUUAUCCGAGAAGAGUUGAAGAAACACAACUUCAAAUCAAAUAAGCCGGAACCAGUUGCAGCUAACAACAGCAAGCGUACAAUUGUAUCUAUACAAACUUUUGUGGAACGAGACACCAAGUCAAGGAAUCAUAUGAAGCGCGCAAAAAGACAAAUUCUUGGUCAAGAAAAGCAGGUCGAGAGACUGAUUGAGCUGACCUACUAUACAUUCAAGACUGAAAUUGAUGUGAAGGUAGGUAAGAGCUGCAACGGACUCUUACAGAAAGAAGCCAUGUCUGAGGAUGAAUCUGAAGAUGAUAUGCCUAGAGUCUCGAGCAACUGUGCGAUUUGUACAGUGCGUCCAAGUUGGAGAAGUGAUGAGUACAAUCACUUUCUUGCAGUUGUUGAUGAUUUUAUACGUAAUUGCAUGGACUUCAAUUCAUGUCAGAUGUUGAAGAGGUCCUUUGGUAGAGAUGCUGUUUUAGCAGUCCUGCCUAGAUUGAUGUCCCUUCUCUCUCACUGGGCUUUUAGAGAUGAGUUUCAAUAA